CUACACAGACGUCUUUUGAUACAUAUUCAAGAUGGGUGGUGGUGCCAAAGUCCCCUACCCCAAGCACGUCUGGUCGCCUUCUGGUGGUUGGUACGCCCAGCCUGCCAACUGGCGCGCCAAUACGCUCAUUGCCGGAGCCACCAUGUUCGGCAUCGUCGCCAUUGUGUGGAAGUUCAGUGCCGACCGGGAGAGAUGGGCGCACAAGCCAGAGCCAUGGGAGUGGCACCCCAGCCGAUACUGGUCAAAGCAGUUGAUUGAGUGGGACAAGGAGGAUAAGCUGAAGCAGUCGAAGGAGUAGGGUCAUUUGUUUUUGGGAAGAAUGAUAGACGGAACUGUACAAAUGCCAUACGAACAAAAACAAAUUUGAACAAAAAAAAUGACACACAUAUGAAGCUACAAUGCACAGGAACCUCCUUUUUUGGAUAGUACUAUUUGCUUCUAUAUUGCAGAGCUGAAGCUUGGAUCAUGAGGGCAUACAAUGUGAUUGAAUGGCCAG